AUGUCGCACUUGACUAUUUUCCACGCAUUCCUGGAUCACUCUUUUCCUCAAGAUAAUUACAUUGAUUCGGAACCUAGCUACGAAAGAUUAGCUCGUCAAGAUGUAGAAUGCACGUCUUAUGAAGCAAAACUUACUCGUGAAUGUAUUGGAGGUCAAUUAAAUCUCACAGAUUUGUUUUGCGAAAAUAUUUUUCCCACCGAGUGUGGUGUCACCAAGUUUGGAGAGAUGAAGACUGAGGCUGUUAUCGUGCGUGCGAUCGAAAAAGUUAGGGAUAGUGUUUUUAACAAACUUGGUUCUCGACUUUCUCAUAAUCGGUCUGUACUCAGACCAGGAGCUAUCAAAUAUGAGUCAGCAGCAAUUGAUGUUGUUUUGGAUGCCUCUCUCUCAAUUGUUCCUCGUGAGACUUUGGCCAAUUGGACUGGUUCAACUGAAAUUGGCAUUAGUUCUUCGUCAAGUACUGAAAGUUUGAAUCAUGGUAAGAGGGUAGAUAUAAAUAGGAAAACAAAAGAGCUGCUGGAAAAAAGAAUUCGAAAUUCCAAACCUCAACCGUCAUACAUCUUUCAGGAGGAUACCACUUGUGAACUCCCACCUUUAACUGAACUUGUCGACAACCCGGCAUUCAAUUGGGAAUUUGAACUAGAUACCUUUCAAAAACAAGCUAUUUUGUGCCUUGAGCGUAAUCAAACAGUCUUUGUAGCAGCCCAUACUUCGGCUGGGAAGACCGUUGUCGCAGAAUAUGCUUGUGCUCUCUGUCGACGUCGGGGCACAAGAGUUAUCUAUACGAGUCCGAUUAAAGCUUUAUCGAAUCAAAAGUUUUAUGAUUUCAGACAGACAUUCGGAGAUAGUGUUGGACUAAUUACAGGUGAUAUCAAACUGGCUCCCGAAUCUACAAUUCUAAUAAUGACCACGGAAAUUCUGCAUAACAUGUUGUGUAACGAUGCUGAUGUUAUCAGAGAUCUGGAAAUAGUCAUUAUGGACGAAGUUCAUUAUGUCAAUGAUGUGGAAAGAGGUCAUAUAUGGGAACAAAUUAUGAUAAUGCUGCCUAAACACGUGUUAUUAGUUAUGUUAAGUGCAACAGUUCCUAAUAAACUUGAUUUUGCUGAUUGGUUAGGACGUGUACGUGGAACUGAAGUUCAUGUAGUUGCAACUAAUAAACGUCCAGUUCCAUUGGAACAUUUUCUUUUUACCGGUAUGGAUGGUCAACGUAGUAAAGAUCAUCUUCAUCUAAUUGUAGAUCAAGCUGGUCAAUUCAAUUUACCAGGUUAUAAACAGGCAAAUCGUAUGCUUAGCGGCGAAAAAGAUGUUGAUAAAAAGAAACCUACUGAAAAUCCGGCAAAUCCAUCGAAUGCUAAAAACGUGCCACGAAAGAAUACUGGUGGUAAAGUGAAUACUCCAGGUCAUUUCCGUGCAUUACCACCAACUAACGGAAUAAGUGUACAUGAUCAUCGUACCAAAAAUUUAUGGCUUGGAGUAAUUCACCUUCUUCAAGAGCGUGAUCUUAUGCCAACUAUAGCAUUUGCCUUUUCUCGAUCAUCAUUGGAAACUCUGGCUGGUCAUUUAUCUUCAGUGGACUUGUUAAAUUCAAGUGAAAAACAACAAGUUAAGAAUUUUCUACAUUGUUCUGUCACUAAACGAUUAAAAAGAUGUGAUCGUCAACUUGCUUCAGUUCAGUUUAUUAGUAAAUUAGCUGUUAGAGGAUUAGCUGUUCAUCAUGCUGGAAUGUUGCCUAUUUUGAAAGAGACAGUGGAGAUGUUAUUUCGACGUGGCUUAAUCAGAAUCUUAUUUGCUACUGAAACAUUUGCGAUGGGUGUAAAUAUGCCGGCUCGUUGUGUAAUCUUUACUACAUUGGAGAAAUUUGAUGGUCAAAAACGUCGUCCUUUAAAUUCAAGUGAGUAUACACAAAUGGCUGGGCGUGCAGGUCGUCGUGGUUUAGAUGCUUCCGGUUCUGUAAUUAUUCUACUUGGUGGAAUCGGUAAAUCACUUACACCAGGUAGUUCGGGUUUACCAUCUGAGCAUACACUGUGUGAUAUUAUUCUUGGAAGACAAAUUCAAUUAGUUUCGAAAUUUAAAAUCACCUACUCUAUGAUAUUACAUUUACAUCGAACUAAUUGGUUAACUCCACAGGAUGUAAUGCGACGAAGUUUCAUGGAAGCAGCCAAUCUUAGACGUGAACUUGACCGUAAGCAAUGGUUGUCAGCUUUACGCAAAAAACUCGAUGAAACAACUACCCUUAUACCACCUGCUGGAUUAUCAUCAAAUAUACCUCAUCAAAUUGCUCGUAGUUCAAAUAGUAAAGUUACAAUAUCUAUGAAUAAUAUGUCUCGUUUAUCUGUACCAAUUGGUGAACCUAUUUUACAAGUGAAAUGCCCUUUUGGUCAAAUAAGUUGUUGUGAUGCAAUGACUACUUAUUAUCAGGCCUGUUGCAAUUAUCAAAAGCUUACAUCAUCCAUUGUCCGUUUACUUUCUGAAGAAAAUCUAACUGAUCUACAAAAAGUCUUCUGUCCAGGUCGUAUAGUAUUUAUUAAUCUACCACAAACUGAUAAUUCAUCAUUGUAUAAUAAAGUAACAACAAAACAACCCAAUUGGUUAGUACCAGGUGUUUUGGUUAAUUUAACAAAGAAAAAAAUCAAGAACGAAAGUGAAAUACAAUGCGAUAUUAUCACUUGGGAAUUGUCUAAUUUACCAAAUCAUUCUAGAUCAUUUAAAAAGUGUAAUCAUCAAUCGAUAAAUCAGACCGUUUCAGUGAAUGAUGUAAAUGAUAGAAAACAAGAAAAUAUUAACAAUAACACUACUCAGUGCAAUGAAUUUGAUGAAGAGGAUAUUUUGAAAGAAGGUGAAGAUUCUCAACUGUCUAAUACACCAUACCCUCCACAAUUAAUGCCUGUUUAUACACCUGAGUCAAUGGAAGAUGGUUAUGCUCGUUUAACGUUAUUAUCCAAUUUGUCUAUUCGAUCAUUUGUACGAAUUACUGAUCAUGUUUUCACUGUAAAACAGUAUUGUAAUAAUACUGUAAAUAAUGCAAAUAUAACGCCAUCAGAAUUAUUACUUCGUGGUAUUAAACGUCAUCGUCAACAAAUAGCAGCUAAACAAGCUGGUAUGCAUUUAGUGAUUGGUUCAAACUCGACUGCAAGUGAUUGUGAUCCCCUAGUUCUUAUGGAUGAAUUAAAUGCGAAUUUAUUUAAUCUUGUAAUUUCAUUGAUGCCGGAAUCUUCUAUGUCACCGAUGUUUGGUCUACCAGUUAACUGCCCUACUAAAGUUGACUUAAGAACAUCAUUGAAGUUCAAAGGAAUUUCAGAGGAGGAUGCUUGUGUGUUUGAUGAACACGCUUUACUCAGUGAUGAACUAACAACACCACUUCUGACAUCGGUUAUUACUCAGCGUUUGGCUCCGAUUAGUUGUCCUGAUCUUGUAGCACAUUUGGAACUGAUUCAUCGUACCUGCCGUCGAAGAUGGGCUGUAAAACGAAUUGAAGAUAGUUUAUCUAAUUCGCAGUUACAAUUAAAUACGGAGUAUGUGAAACGUUUGUGUGUUCUUGAAGAAUUGGGUUUUAUCGAUUCAGCAACACAUACUGGUUGUUUGACUUUAAAAGGUCGAAUUGCUUGUGAAUUGACAAAAAUGGAAGUGUUAAUUACUCAACUAUUACUAAAUGGUUCAUUCACUGAUUUAUCGGCUCCUGAUUUAGCAGCUGUUUUAUCGUGUUUUGUAUUUGAAACACGUUCCACUACUGAUACAGAACAAUUACAACAGCACGAUGGACAAUAUUUACACAGUCUACUUGGAUCUCUAAUGAAUUUUACUAAUGAUGAUUGUAAUCAAAAUCAUCUGUCUAAUAGUUGUUCAGAUGUUACUUCUUAUCCUUCAAAUCUUAUACCUGCAUUACAAAAGAUUGUACUAUCUGCUAUAGAGCUAGAGCAAUUACAGAUUAAAUAUGGUCUUACUGAUCCAUCUAUAGACACAAGGAUAACUCUACAAGCUGUAAAUGCUGUUUUUGCUUGGGCUCAAGGUUAUUCAUUCUCAUCAUUGGUUAGUAUGACUAGUGUUCCUGAAGGUCACUUGGUUCGUGGCUUAUUACAACUCGAUGAACUAUUACAUCAUAUAUGCAAUGCUUGUCAUCAUCUGGGUGAUAAAAAUUUAAGUUUACGAAUGAAGGAGGCAAGAAGUUUAAUAUUGCGAGAUCUUGUAUGUGCUCCAAGUUUGUAUACUGCAGAUGAUCUUGUGUGA